AUGGUCUGUAGUAAUUGUAAUUCUUCAGAUAUGGCCACAGAUAGUGCACAGGGUGUAAUCUAUUGCACAAAUUGCGGGAUGGUACACGAAGAAAAUAUUAUUGUUAGUACUAUUAGUUUCUCCGAUAACGGUUUAAAAAGUACUUUAAAUGGUAAAGUUAUAAAUAUUGAUUCUAAACAAGUGGGAACACAGUACAUUGAUGCCAGUUUUUAUAUUAAAAAUACCAUUUCAAGUAUCUGUUCUAACAUGGGCCUAGGAUCUAAUUUUCUUGAUUGUUCUUACAGAUACUAUAGAUUACUAUUACCUUAUAAUCUCAGUAAAGGUAAAUCUAUUUUAUACACACUUAGUGCUUGUGUUUAUAUAGUUUGUAGGGAAGAAAAAACUCCUCAUUUAUUAAUUGAUUUUUCUAAUGCACUAAAUAUAGAUGUGUUUAAAAUAGGAAAGUCAUUUACAAAAAUAGUAGAAGUUUUAAAUCUUAAUAUUCCAAAUGUAGAUCCCACUUUAUAUAUCCAGAGAUAUAUUGUUAAAUUAAAUUUAAAAAAUCAAAAAAUACCCACACUCGCUCUACGGAUAAUGUCAAGGAUGAGUAGAGAUUGGAUUACCACUGGUAGACGUCCUAAUAAUAUUUGUGGCGCUGCUAUUUUGAUAGCCAGUCGUGUGUACAAUGAAGAACGAUCGUUAAGCGAGGUCGCAAAAGUGGUACAUGUGUCUGAGUUUAUUUUAAAAAAAAGAUUAUUAGAAAUACAAGACACCCAAACUGCAGAUUUAAGUGUAAAUCAAUUUAAUUCUGAGUGGCUUACAAGAGAAGAAGAUCCGCCUGUACUAAAAAAUAUAACUAAAAAAAAAAUAAGAAAAUUAAAAUAUAUUGACAAUGAAGAAAUUAUUAAUGAAGAUUCUACUGAUGAUUUGCUAACCGAAGAAGAAGUUAAUCAAAGAGAAAAAGUUUGGCUUGAGAUGUAUGGAGAAUUUAUGAAAGAAAAGGAAGAAAAAUUAAAGCACAUAAAGAAACCUAAAAGACGUCAUGUAAAAAAACAGUACAAUACGGUAUCAGACGUAGUUAAAUCUCUAAAUAAAAGAAUAUCUAGUAAAAUUAAUUACUCAAUUAUUGAAAAUUUAUUUGAAGAUUUGUAA